UUUCUCAUGUUUACUAGUAAGGAGCAAUUACUAAAACGUACUGGAAAAAAUCCUAUCGGUCGUUACGAUUUUUUAAAACUUUUAGCUACAGAAUAUAAAACUACUAAAUCUAAAGAUGCAAAGGAGCAGGUAUUAGCAAAUCUUGCUAAUUUUGCUUAUGAUCCCAUCAAUUAUGGAUACAUAAGACAACUACAAAUAAUUGAUUUGUUUCUUCAUACUUUGUCAGAAGAUAAUUUAAAAUUAGUACGUUUUGCUGUAGGAGGUAUUUGUAACGUAUGUGCUGAUCCUGUAAAUAAAUUAUAUAUUUUACGUAAUCAAGGAAUACAACUAUUGACAUCACUACUUUCUUUACAAGAUGAAAACAUUAUACUCUCAGUGAUUACUAGUUUAAUAUUUUUAAUAACUCCUGAAUCUGAAAAUGAAAUAACAACUGAAUUGAUCGAAAAAAUAUCUAACUUAUUAAAUUAUGAAAGUUACCAUAUUUUAAAAUCUGUGAAGGCUGGAAAUGAAAUAUCAGUUUUUAAAACAAUUACAAAAGAUGAUGUAUCAAAUUUUGCUAAAUUAACUGGUGAUUAUAAUCCAAUACAUUUUAAUUCAUCAAACAAUCUUGUUCAUGGUGCUUUACUUAAUGGUUUAGUAUCAGGAGUACUUGGUACAAAAAUACCAGGUCCAGGAUCUAUAGUAGUCGAACAAAACAUUACAUUUCCAGCACCAUGUUAUGCUGGAGAUACAAUAGAAAUAAAAGUACAAAUUGUUUCUGUAAGAAAAAUUAUGAAAUGUGAAUAUAUUUCAUUUCUAUUAUCAAUUCUUUACUUUGCAUCUGCAAUUACAAAUAAUGAAAUUAAAACAAAAGCUUUAAAUAACACUCUUAAAAUUUUAACUACUGAAUCACCAAUUGGUUGUAUUUGUGGAAUUUUUUUAAAUGGACAAUUUAUAAAAGGUAGUAAAGAAUCACCAAAAGGAAAUCCUGCUCUUAUUCAUGAUCUACCUGAAUUAUUUCCAUGUACUCCAACUGGAAAUAGACUAUGUACGAAUAAAUGUUUGGACACAGUAAUUAAAUACCUCCCAAACAGUUCUAAAAUAUUAUGUAGUUCAAUAGAACAUGAUUGCUAUAAAGAAAGGGCUUAUUUAUUUAUUAAAAACUGUAAGACUGGAUGGAUUAACACAAAUCUUUCUGCUGGAAGAGAAUACUGUUGUAGAAAUGGUACAUCAUACAAAUGUCCAAAGUAUUAA